AAGUUUCCACGGUCACUACAGCUAUACUGAAUCUAUGGGCCCUGAUGCCUUCAAAACAGCACGAAAUCGUGUUUAAAAGAAAGGUCGAGUAAGUCUGCUGCUCCAGAUCUUGAAUUCGACGUAUUCCCAAAAGUCGAAGUGUAAUAAUAAUAAGCCUUCUGGAAAUCGAGAUCCAGAGCAACGUGGACUUCUAUCACAGCACCGUUUCCUGUUCGCUCAUUUUCUAUACAAUUCAGUUCCUGCCUCUACACAAUGUUCAGAAGAUCAAGAAUAAGAAGACCUUCAAUAUUUUCCAACUGCAAGCCCCCUAAAAUAUAGAGCCGCUAGCCAGUUGGCGCUCGGUCGGCAUAAACUACGAAAAUGUGUGGAUCUAUGCCACAUCCGCUUAGCCGCAGGCACAUUCUAAACGACCUCUCCUGUCACCACUUUCUUCCUCACCAGGCCUCCUUAGCUCCACUCCAGGUUUUUCCAUCUCGGACUCUUUCGCAACAGCCAUGGAAUCCUUAUAUAUGGGCAUGCGUUUGUUUGGGCGCGCUUGCGUCACAUGCAACGACACAAAUCCUUCGUGCCCGACUUGUGAUGACAACGAGCAGUGCCAGUUAACUCUACAGACGUGUUCCAGCUGCGCGGCAACUUACUGCGUCUCCCUGGACAGUUCGAGCUCGAGCGCUUCUGCCUCCGCCAGCGCGGCAGCUACUUCUGCUGCUGCGGCAGGUCACUUUUCUCAUUCGACAAAUACGGGUGCGAUCGCGGGUGGUGUGGUUGGUGGUUUGGCUUUCGUCGCUAUAGUCCUCGUCGCGCUCUUCCUUUUCUAUCGCAGGAAGAGAAGUCGCGCUACCGUGGCUCGGCUCUCGAACUCGUUCGGCGGCGAUGAUGAGAAGCCCGACCGGGUAUCGUCUGUCCUAUCGAGCCCAAGAAAUGACGUCUAUAAUAUCGCCGAUGACGCCCAAUCAACACAUACCGUUCACUCCGUCGCCGACUCGACCAUCACCCGUGCAUCAAACAUCAUCCCCAUCGCGUACAUUCCCGGCGUCAUCAACCGGUCGAAUCCGAGCUCUCCUUCAUAUGUUCCCCCAAUUCCCGAGAUGCCGAUCGAGCACGCGGGCGCGUCUUCAGGAGCCCCAUCAAUGCAACAACAGCAGAGCGACUACAGCGCUUUCGCCCAGCAGCAGCAACAACCGUAUACCGAUGCGCAAGACCCAGUUUACAUGAACCCAGCCGCACCAUACUACACAUCUAGCGAGAACAGGGGCAUGUCGGUCUACUCGGGCGCGACAUAUGACAGUCAAGAGGACCAGAGCAUACGAGAGUCAAUCGGCAUCAGAGAUUCGUUGGCUACUUCGAAUUUCCGUUCGACGGUCUUCAAUCCUGCUACUAUGACUGCUAUCAGAGCCAAGCCAAACUUGAUUGAACGCAAGCAGUCGUAAUGCCUCUUCAAAUCGCUUGGAAUGCUCCUGUUCACCUGUUAUGUUUUGCUCCGCUACCCUUUCUCUUGAAGCUUUGCCGGUGUUUGUAUGUUUUCGUUCAUGUAUUUUUUUACAUCUAGCUUGUUUUUGGAGUAUUUAGAUUUUUUGUCACGAAAUGUCGCUGUUAAAUGAUAACGAGUUGCGGUCUGGUUUUUGGUAUUUCUAGUUUGUUUGUUCUGCUUCGUCUUUCAUGCUUUGAGCGUUUCUUCGCGUCUUUCUGAUUGCCUUUUUUGAUGCUUUUGUUUGCACAGUUAUUGUCCUGUAUUAUAGACCUGAACGAUAUUAGAUACUUCAUGCUCAAUAAUGUAG